GCGCGUCGCGCAGAUCGUCGCGGAGCCACGGCAGGAGGAGGCAGGGGCCGCGGGCGAGCCUGCGCUGGGCCGGCCGAGGGAAGCGCGCCGCUGGGGCCGGGGGCGGCGGGGACCCCACGGGAGCGCGCGCGGCGGGGACCCCCAGGGGCUUGUGGGCUGCCGGGGGAGGCUCGGCGGACAAAGGGGCGGAGGGCGGAGGGCCAUGGCGUCCCCGGCACCCGCCGCCGCCCGCCCCCGAGCCGCGCCGCCAGCCGUCCCGGCCCGCCCCGGAGCCCCCAAGAUGCGCCCCAGAGCCCGCGGAGCCGCCGCCCGCGGGGAGGUGACCUGGAACUCCCCUCGGUGCUGACAUAAUGACAGUGUGCAGGCCGGCCACGGGCAGCCACAGCCAGACUGAAAACCUGAGCUACAAAUUGGCUGACAAAUGGAGCCCUUUCUCUGAUCCUCUCACAUUCCACAAAGCAGUUGGCAGCCACUGAGGGGUUCUUAGCUCUGCACCCCAGUCUGGAACCCCUUAUGGGGCGGGAGAAUCCUGGAAACAGGAACUCUAGAAACUCUUGGGCCGGCAACCACAUGGAGCAGGAACUCUGUCCUUGGGGACUCGUAGGACAGUUGCGGCAUCCUUGCCUCUGUUGCGGUCAAGGUGGAAGGUCCAAGGACUGAGAAAGACCGUCGAAGGCAUCCACUUUAGUCCUCCAUUCCAUUCCUAGAGACUAAUCAGGAGUCAGGCUUCAGAAGGAGCCCCCUGGAAGGCCUCCACAACCUCACGGUAGAGUCAAGAAUGGAUAUGUUCAGCUUGGAUAUGAUCAUCAGUGACCCAGCUGCAGAAGCCAGCAGGGCUGGGAAGAAGCAGCUCAGAGGUGUUCAGAACCCUUGCCCAUCUGCCAGAGCCAGACCCCGGCACAAGUCCCUCAACAUAAAGGACAAGAUAUCAGAAUGGGAAGGGAAGAAAGAGGUGCCCACUCCUGCACCCAGCAGGAGAGCAGACGGACAGGAGGAUUAUCUGCCGUCCUCUACGGUGGAGAGGAGGAGUAGUGAUGGGGUGAGAACUCAGGUCACAGAGGCUAAGAAUGGAAUGAGGCCAGGAACAGAGAGCACAGAGAAGGAGAGGAAUAAAGGAGCAGUGAACGUCGGGGGACAGGACCCAGAGCCGGGGCAAGACCUAAGCCAGCCAGAACGGGAAGUGGAUCCUAGCUGGGGCCGAGGCCGAGAGCCAAGACUUGGCAAGCUACGCUUUCAGAACGAUCACCUCUCCGUGCUGAAGCAGGUCAAGAAACUCGAGCAGGCUUUGAAGGAUGGGUCGGCAGGGCUGGAUCCCCAGUUACCAGGGACUUGUUACUCCCCACACUGCCCUCCUGACAAGGCAGAGGCAGGGUCCACCCUUCCUGAGAACCUGGGAGGCGGGAGUGGCUCAGAAGUCAGCCAGAGGGUCCACCCCUCGGACCUGGAAGGCAGGGAGCCCACCCCUGAGGUUGUGGAGGACAGGAAAGGUUCAUGCAGAAGGCCCUGGGACCGGAGCCUUGAGAAUGUGUAUAGGGGCUCAGAGGGUUCCCCCACAAAGCCCUUCAUCAACCCUCUGCCAAAACCCCGGAGAACGUUCAAACAUGCCGGAGAAGGGGACAAAGAUGGGAAGCCUGGCAUCGGCUUCAGGAAAGAGAAAAGAAAUCUGCCUCCUCUGCCCUCUCUACCUCCCCCGCCUCUGCCCUCCUCUCCCCCGCCUUCCUCUGUGAACAGAAGACUGUGGACCGGGAGACAGAAAUCCAGUGCAGACCACAGAAAGUCCUAUGAGUUUGAAGAUUUACUGCAGUCUUCCUCUGAGAGCAGCAGGGUGGACUGGUACGCGCAGACUAAGCUGGGGCUGACACGCACUUUAUCGGAGGAGAACGUCUAUGAAGACAUUCUAGAUCCGCCAAUGAAGGAGAACCCUUAUGAGGACAUCGAGUUACAUGGUCGCUGCCUGGGAAAGAAGUGUGUCUUGAAUUUUCCUGCUUCUCCCACCUCUUCCAUCCCUGACACGCUCACCAAGCAGUCAUUGUCCAAACCUGCUUUUUUCCGACAAAAUUCAGAGAGGAGGAACUUCAAGCUGCUGGACACUAGGAAGCUGAGUCGGGAUGGAACUGGGUCCCCUUCCAAAAUCAGCCCUCCCUCCACUCCCAGCAGCCCUGAUGACAUUUUCUUUAACCUUGGAGACCCACAGAAUGGCAGGAAGAAGAGAAAGAUACCUAAGCUGGUGUUGCGAAUCAACGCCAUUUAUGAGGUCCGGAGAGGAAAGAAACGGGUGAAGAGGCUGUCCCAGUCAAUGGAGAGCAACUCAGGAAAAGUGACGGAUGAGAACAGUGAGUCUGACAGUGACACAGAGGAGAAGCUGAAAGCUCACAGCCAGCGCUUGGUCAACGUGAAGUCCCGGCUGAAGCAGGCGCCUCGGUACCCAUCACUUGCCCGGGAACUCAUCGAGUACCAGGAGAGGCAGCUCUUCGAGUACUUUGUGGUUGUGUCUUUGCACAAGAAGCAGGCCGGGGCUGCCUACGUGCCAGAACUCACCCAACAGUUCCCUCUGAAGUUGGAAAGGUCUUUCAAGUUCAUGAGAGAAGCUGAGGACCAACUGAAGGCCAUUCCCCAGUUCUGUUUUCCCGAUGCCAAGGAUUGGGUUCCUGUCCAGCAGUUCACCAGUGAAACAUUCUCAUUUGUCUUAACUGGAGAAGAUGGGAGCAGAAGGUUCGGUUACUGCCGAAGACUGCUGCCUGGAGGCAAAGGGAAGCGCCUUCCUGAAGUUUACUGCAUUGUGAGCCGCCUGGGAUGCUUCAGCCUCUUUUCAAAGAUCUUGGAUGAGGUGGAAAAAAGACGAGGCAUCUCUCCUGCCCUGGUUCAGCCACUCAUGAGAAGUGUCAUGGAAGCCCCUUUCCCAGCCCUGGGCAAAACCAUCCUUGUCAAGAACUUCCUGCCAGGUUCAGGAACUGAGGUGAUCGAACUGUGCCGCCCGCUGGACUCCCGGCUCGAGCACGUGGACUUUGAGUCUCUCUUCUCCUCCCUCAGCGUCCGCCACCUGGUCUGUGUGUUUGCCUCCCUGCUUCUGGAGAGGAGGGUCAUCUUCAUUGCAGACAAGCUCAGCACCCUGUCCAAGUGCUGCCACGCGAUGGUGGCGCUGAUUUACCCCUUCGCCUGGCAGCACACCUACAUCCCGGUGCUGCCACCCGCCAUGGUCGACAUCGUGUGCUCGCCGACACCCUUCCUCAUCGGGCUGCUCUCCAGCUCGCUGCCACUGCUCAGGGAGCUGCCGCUGGAAGAGGUCCUUGUGGUUGACCUCGUCAACAGCCGGUUCCUCAGACAGAUGGAUGAUGAGGACUCCAUCCUGCCCCGGAAGCUUCAGGUGGCCCUGGAACACAUUCUGGAACAGAGGAACGAGCUGGCUUGUGAGCAGGAUGAAGGUCCCCUAGACGGCAGGCACGGUCCAGAGUCCAGCCCCUUGAACGAGGUGGUGUCUGAAGCCUUUGUCCGCUUCUUCGUGGAGAUUGUGGGACACUACUCUUUGUUCCUGACGUCGGGCGAGCGCGAGGAGAGAACCCUGCAGCGGGAGGCCUUCCGCAAAGCUGUCUCCUCCAAGAGCCUCCGCCACUUCCUAGAGGUCUUCAUGGAGACUCAGAUGUUUCGGGGCUUCAUCCAGGAGCGGGAGCUGCGCCGGCAGGAUGCCAAAGGUCUGUUUGAGGUCCGAGCCCAAGAGUAUCUGGAAACACUCCCCAGUGGAGAGCACAGCGGUGUCAAUAAGUUCCUGAAGGGACUAGGCAAUAAAAUGAAAUUUCUCCACAAGAAAUAACUCUCAGCUCAGCCUCAAGGGAAAACUUCCUCCUAGUGAAGCCCUAUGCUUUAAAAACAGUUCCUGGUGGCCUUUCUGAAAGGCUGGGUCCCAGGUUGUCACGGUGCGGAACUGGAGGCCGCGGUGGCUUCUGGCCGAGGCUGGGCUCUCCCCUGGAUGAGGACCUUGGAGCCGCCUGGGAGGACAGCCCCAGAAAGGGAGCCCGAGACCAGGCGUGUCGCCGACAUGCAAAUGGGUUGUUUUGGUGGUUGGGUUUUUUUUUAUCUUAGAUAUUAAAAGUAAGAAAAAUGUGUGGGUUUUCUGUUUAUUAUGCCAAGGCCAAGAGGAGCCUGUCCUGCCCUACACGUUCCCCUCGUUCGUCCCAUCCGGCCGCUCAGCAAUGGAGCUAAGAGGAGUGGUGAUGGGCAACAGAAAUGAGGUGCUCCUCGGAGCGGGACUGACGACACACGAGGACUGUGAGGGGAGGAGGCAGAGCCGGUGCCUCGGGUUCAGGGAGUGAGGCCUCCUAGUGAAAGGCUGGGCCCUUACCCUAGAGUGGAGGCUGGGGAGGAACGGGAGCUGUAGACGGAUGUGGCUUCCCAGACACGCUGCUCUUCCAGAAGGGACAGUGAUGCCACCUGGUGGCCGAGGCCAUGGACGUCUCUCUUCCCAAAUGGACCUGACUCUUCUUGACUGCCUUGUUCUCUUAAGAAGAAGCCAUGGAACUGUCCACUGCCUGAGUAGUCCCUGGCUUUUAGAGGCACACACACAAAAAGAGGUUAGUAAACUGUUCUAGGGGUCCUCAAGUUUACGACACUGCUCACGGCCCACCUUCCAACACAUAGCCACAACUUUGACCCCAUUCCCAUCUCAUUCCAGGGGCCCAGAGCAGCAUUAAUGCAAUAGUGGAUGUGCACUGCCUGUACACGGUGCGGGGCGGGGGGACCUUUUGCGGCUGAUGGUAACAAGAUGGAGGGUGAGAACGCUGGGGCGGCGUCAUCAGCCGUGUGCAGCCAGAGAGGCAGCUUGCGUUUUCUGGACCAGAAGCAGGGAGGGUGUGGAGAAGGCAAAAAACCUCAGGGCGACCUAAGAGCUGUCCUGCAGCGGGGACAGUGGGGACAGCAGGGACAGCGGGGAGGCAGGAAAAGCCCCGAACACAGCUGAGGCAGGUUCUCAGAGCAAGCCUCAGGGCCACUACCAGGUGACCCCUGCCCUCAGCUCUCACCAGCGACCCUCACAGAAACACGAAAGGGAGGGGCGCCGACCUCAACAAUGGCCCAGAGGGGCUGUGCUGCCUGGCAGGGGUUCUCAACCUUUAGGGAGCGGGAGCAAGGGGCCUUCCGAGAAUAAAUAGAAAUGAGGAAAAUGAGGGGAGGUGACCUCUCAUCCUUCCUCUUAGCUGGAGUUAUGGACCACCUCGCCCCUCCAAGUUCUACCCAGGCUUUGGUGUGUCCAUUACUUUUUCAGAGGUGAAGAUCCACAGUUUACAUCAAAUUCUCAAAGAUGCUCCCAGAAUGGUAGAAACCAGGCUGUGCAUAAAAAUUAACCUGCCUGGCCGGGCGCAAUGGCUCAUGCCUAUAAUCCCAGCACUUUGAGAGGCCAAGGCAGGCAGGUGGAUCACCUGAGGUCAGGAGUUCAAGAUCAGCCUGGCCAACAUGGCAAAACCCCAUCUGUACUAAAAAUACAAGGAAAACUUAGCCAGGCAUCGUGGUCCGUGCCUGUAAUCCCAACUACCUGGAAGGCUGAGGCAGAAGAAUCACUUGAACUUGGGAGGCGAAGGUUGCAGUGAGCCGAGAUCAUGCCACUGCACUCCAGCCUGGACAACAGAGCAAGACUCCUUCUCAAAAAAACUCUGGCUGGGUGUGUGUGGGUGGGGACUGGGGGGAUGCCUGAAUGAGAAUCCCUGAAUCCUUGAGUGUGGGGGCUCAGGAAUAUGUAUCUAACAAGCUCCUUGGAUUAGUCAAGUUUGUGUGGGGGCUCAGGAAUAUAUGUAUCUAGCAAGCUCCUCAGACUAGUCAACUUUAUUAAUAGUGUGCAUAUUUGUAUAUUGCCCAGAAAGGGACACUUUUUGGAAUAUACUUUCUUUUUUUUAACUUAUUUCGCAUUAUAUUGUUUACUUAGUAACUCCAAGCAAAUAAAUGUACAUCUUUAUCAACAUUCCCAA